AAAUCCAAACCCACAAAACCGGGAUUCUAUAAUUUCAAUCGCGGGCAUAUGUAGGCAUAUCGAUAGUCUGAUCUAUCUGACGAGUGAAGUGAUAUAUCGAAAUUCAUGACGUACUGAUGCGCCAUGGCAUUUGGUCAUUUUCUCAGAAAAAAAUGGCCGUCUAACAGUUGUACGACAUACCAGUGCAGUUAAAAUGUUUUCAUCUACCAUGGAAUCCGUUGAAAUUAUCGCCGACAAAAUUAAAAAGGUUGUGAUCGAAGUUGGGAAGAGUGCUUUUGAAUACGCAAUCAACAAUAAUCACGAAGGAUACUUUGAAAAUCAAGGGUCAUACGGUAGUGAACAUAAGCUCAGAGAUUACUAUUGUCACGCGGGCGAGGGUUGUCCUUGUAAAGCUAGACGGUAAAAACGAAAGCAAAUUAUUAAAAUGAUUACGGAAAAUCCUAUAAGAGAAACAGACCCGCACAUAGACGACUUUCCUAUGAAGCUAUCAAAGGAUGCAUUCAGAGAUUUAUACAUCUCAAAUGGGCUGAAUAACGAUCCAUUUUUAGACACGGAUCACCAAUCAAUCCAUCGGUCGAACUCAAAUAAUUUACAAAAUCUGGAAUCCAGUCAACUCGAGACAAUAUUACCAUCGUGUAGAACUGGCAUAUCUAUUCUGAUGGAGCUUCCGUUAAAAAUCAUGAACGGUGUAUCAGAAAUGUUGAAUUUCCAAUCACAAUCGCCAGACUCUGAAAUUCCAGCCAAAAGACCUUAUUCACCGAGGCCUCAUCACACCAAACAUACACCGACAGAUGUUGCACGAGGACGAGGAAGAGGUCGGGGGCGAUCUCAGCUUCGUCGCUCUGGUGUGAGUCAGACUAGACAUCGACAAGAACGGAUCAGACAAAGACUGUCUGCCGACAUUCAGGAUGAUCUAAACGGCUUGAGAGAGUUUGAAAAUCCAGAGAAUGAUGACGAUCUCCCAAGUACUCCAUCGGUUGACAAAAAUGGUAGAACCUUAAGAUAUAGCGCUAAUGGUAUAGAGACGGAGACCGAAUCUUCCAAGUUCCCAUUUUCGUUCAUAUAUUGUAAUCUGAGAAGUAGAAAGCGUAAUCAGCAAAACAAAAAUAGUCAUGAAAAUCGCAUGUCAAUUUCAUCGAAGUGCAAAGUUAGAUAUGUACCUGAAUGUCCCAUUGAUAUUACAACUUGCAAACGGAAUGACGAUGUCGAGGACAUUGAAUCAGAGAUAAAAAUAAAUCGAAAGAGGUUGCAGUCUGAUCGUUCGGUUGACUCUGAAGACAGUUGUUGUAUAGUUUUUGAAACUGGUUCCGAUUCGGAGUUUGAGACUGAUUACGAUUACACUACAUCUGAAGAUGAGGAAGAAGACGAAGACAAUGGUGAUCAAAGACCAAAAUUAAAGGUUCGAUUCUCACAACACCCUACGAUCCAUACGAUGGUUACAUGGGACUACGCAUAUCGAGCUGCACGGAGAGGUCCAUGGGAACAAAUAGCUCGGGACAGAGCACGGUUUAAAAGUCGGAUAAAUUGCAUUGCCCGAGUGCUUGAUCCUAUCUUAGUGCCUCAACAUCGCUUUGAAGUUUGGCAGCAUCGUUUUGCCGCGGAAAUAUAGCAGGGUCAGAAAUUGUUGUGUAAAAAAAUAAGUUAUUGCGUACAGCACAGCCGUGGGAUAAAGUACGGUGAAUAAAAUUGACGUUAUAGAUUUUUUCUGCUCUUUUUGGAUUUAAUUGAGAGUCAACGGUUAAAAAUUGUACAUGAUCUCCAUUAUCACCAGCAAACCAGUGUUAGAAUCCUUUUAAUCGUUUCUUUAAUUACACACUUCCAUGUAUACUUUAUCCGUACAUCAAGAGAUCGUUCAAAAUGUACGUAAAUAUGCCUGAAAGUGGGUCCAACUUCAGUAAUCUAAGUUAUUAGAUUCAAGCUUAUUUUCUGUAUCUUUCAGUGUUGAAAUCCACGGAAGUAGAUAUUUCACAAAUCAUCUUCUCGGAACGAGGAGCUUAUGUAUUGGCAUGAAUCACACCUUUUAAAAUGUGGUUUUGAAUCUCUUGUAAUUGUUCCGUGGUUGAUGUCACGUAUUAGGUAGAUGAGGUUAAUUUCGAAUUUCUGCAGAAAACAAUCAUUUAUACGAAUUCAAUUUGAUUUCACACAUCUACUUUUCGUAAAAAUAAACAGCGUGUAUUUAAUUUUUUAUUUCACCUCAAAACGAUUGGUGUUGACGAGAAUAAGAUUUUAAAAACUAUAAUUAAUAAAUUGCAGUAAUCGAGGCAUAAGAUGUAUACAUAUAAUAUACAUACAACUCUAUAUCAGCAAUAUCAUACUUUGAAUAUUCAAUUAGUCAGAUUAGUUACCUAUUAUUAAAUUUCAUAUAAUUCAGUGAUAAUGGAGCCACGUUUUUUAAGCCCUCUGCUGUUACCAGUAGACUAUUGAAGCAGCGCUAUGUAAUAUACAUACAUGUUGUAUGUAUCCUGGCGCAAAGAUUGAAAAAAGUAGAAGGCAGGCAAAAAUAACGUCGAGCACUAAGAUAUGAGAGUGAGAUGCAUCUGUAGCUUUGGAAUCAAUAUGCUGCUCUCCAACGUUCGGUUAUCUUCGUUGAUAUUCCUAAAUGGUUUUACUGUCGUGUCCAGCUUAUCUGGGUACGGUUGACAAUUUCCUGAAACUUGCAGUUUUUAGUUGCAAUAUACGUAGUAUGAUGAAUGAAUUAAUUCGUCUGGAAAAAAUUAUCAAUGCAAUGUACAAAUUUUAAAUCAUGUUAUAUAGCAUGUUAAAACCAAGACUACGAGGUACAGUGAUGAAAGAAUUGUUGCAAAUAAUAUCAAUACUGUGCAUUUCUUAAGAUAUUUAAUUUAGUUGUAAAUGUAUAAGUUCUUCUUUCAGACAUGAUAAUAUACGACCAAAGUUUAUUCCAAUCAGCUUCUGCAAAAACCUGUAAAUUCAAGCUGUAUAAUAACUUUAGCUUAAACUUUAAAAUGCGGAUCGAACGUAUCUUAUUAAUGUCAGUUAUUAUUGAAGGAUGAAAUAGUGAUAAGAUUAGGGCUUUAGCUAUAUUUCUUGGUAUCAUUGGAUAUUGCUGUACAUUAUUUGCAUACGUUCAGUUAUUGCUGUAAAAAGAGAGAAAAGAAGAAGUGAAUGUAAUUGAUAAUAUCUUGUAUAAAUAUAACAACUUACGGAUAAUAAAAAUUAAUAUAUAUGUAAAAGUA